AUGAACAAUCAAAAGCGGAUAAAAGUUAGUGUUUACAGUUAUAACCCAGAUGAUUUGAUUGGUUAAGGAUACAAGAGCUAAGUUUACAAAGGGCAAAAUGAUAUGAAUGGAGAUAUCGUUGCUAUAAAGGUAUGGUUAUUCAAUAAAGUUAAGGUAUGUGAGCACUCUAAAAUGCAGCAUGAAAUUGAGAUACAGUUAUUACAGCAGGAAAUAACUGCUUUACAGAUUUUAGAUUCAAUCAACAUUGUUAAAAUGCAUUGUUACUGUCAAAACACUAAUUUUACAUAUAUCAUAACUGAAUACUGCAAUUAGGGUAAAACACAUUGUUAAUAUAUAAAGGUGAUUUAGCAGAUCUGAUCAUAAAAAGAGGAUAUAUCCCUGAGAAUGAAGCAGUGUUAAUAUUUUAUCAGAUUUUGGCAGGAUUUAAAGAGCAAAUUUAAAAGGGCAUAAUUCACAGAGAUCUAAAACCAUCAAAUAUUUUGAUAAAGUAAGGGAUUUAUAAGAUCGCUGAUUAUGGGUUUUCUAAAAUGAUAAAUUCUCCAAAAGAAAAGGUAUAUUAUAAUGUUGGCACAACUCUUUAUAUGCCUCCUUAAGCUUUGACUGAAAAUAAAUAUUCAGAAAAGAGUGACAUUUGGAGUUUAGGGGUGAUGUUCUAUUAAAUUUUGACUGGUAUUGAUAUUCUAGAUAUUCCUAGGAAAGGUACCUUGGUAAGCAGGCACAGAAUAGGAAUUCGUUAAGGUAAUCACAACAACUCCUAUUUAAUUCUCAAGAACCAUAAAGAUUUCAUCGGUCGCUAAAGAUCUCAUCAUUAAAUGUUUAUAAUUGGAAGAGAGCAAAAGACUCAACUGCAAUCAAUUAUUGGAACAUGAUUUAUUCAGAUGCUUUUAAGUUAGGCCAUCAAGAAAAUCAGUUUAAUUUUCCUUUAAUAGUUCUCAAUUAGCAAAUGCUGAAAACAGAGCAAAAACCAGUUAUUCUUAAUAACGUCCCAACCUUUCUGUUUAAAGAAUUCAAAGCAAUAAGCAUCUCCAAGAGACAAGAUAAGAAUUUGUAAAUUAUGGAGAUGCUGUAAACAACAUUAUGAAUUUACUUAAAUUGAUAUUAAGAAUAGCUAAAAUUGUUGAUCAUUUUGACUUCUUCAUUGAAGGAGGAUUGAAAGAGAAAUUAUUAUACUUUACUAUCAAACAUGCGAUUUUCAAAUCAAAGCAACUCCUUUUUAUUUUGAAUAAGAAUCAUUCUACAAUUGAUUAGACAAAGAAGAGUGAAUUCAUUGUUCAAAGCAAUCUAAUGAAUGAGACAUUUAGAACUUCAUUCAACAAAUUGGUAAACAGCUUCAUUUUAUGAUUUAGUGGGACUCAAUUCAUAGAGAUGAAAUUCUAUUAAAUGAAAUCCUCAAAGAUAAGAAAUUUGCAGCUGCCUUUGACUAAAGCGAAUUGGAAGUUCAUUGUCAUUACAUUCUAAUGCUUCCUGUAUUACGAAACUCAAUUACUUUGUUAUAGAAUUAAUUGAACUUCAAAUUAAUAAAUGUGAGAGAUUAUGAUUAAUUGGGAGGAGUAGAAGAAGGUGGCAUACUGCUCUUAACAUAUUUAGUUGUAUACUUUGAAAUCUGUAAACAAGUUGUCGACAAUUUUGAUACAUCCAUAUCCUACUUGAAUUAAUUCAAACUAAAAUUAGUUGUUGAAGAAAAACCAACAAAUCUCACCAAAAAAUAAUUCCUACAAUUAUGCUAAAAAAUUAAUUCGUUGCAGCUAAACUAUCUUCAAUGA